CCACUUAACAUGACAUGGCUAGAAGGUUCUAAAAAUUCUGCAGAGAAUGACAUUCUUCAGCGGAAAAUGAAAUACAGAAACUUAAAAGCUUCAAAAGUUUUUUUUGUGUGUGUGUGUGUUAAAAGCUUCAAAAGUUCACCAGAUAUCCGUACAAUAAGACUAGCAUUGUAGAGAAAUUUUAAUAAGCAGAUAUGUUCUCCAAUGCUAAGAAAGGGAAGUUGUCGUAUUGACUCGCCAAUGAGGCCCAUGUCUAAAUAGCGGCCCCUUCAACCUUUCCAGUCAGUUAUCAAGAAAACAAAUUUGGUUUAGCGGCCCAUGUCUAAAUAGCCAGAAAAAAGAAAAUUUUUUUUUCUGGUUGCAGAUCAGCAGCACUUGUUCAGCAGACCAAGAUCAUCUGCCUACGAGAUUCUUUACUCUCGUUUUACUUGUCCUUUUCUAACACUCAUCCUUCCUGAACUUUAUUCUCCAAUUCUUGUCCUCGUUCUUGUUUUUGUUCUUUCUGUUCGAGUAUACAUUCGAUCUUUUACACGUACCGAAUUUUACAAAGUUCAUGUAGGUCAUUAAAUAAAAAAAAUUCCCUUGGCUAAAAUCCUCGAAAGUCUUGAUCUUUAACCAUAUUAUUGUGAUUUAAUUCAAGAAAAUCCAAUGGGUGUGGGUAUAUCUUUCCUUAUUGGACUAAAGGCAGCAACUUUAUUCUCUAUCUUUACAUUUAUGAACAAUCUUGGAUUCAAAUGGUUUGCUAUACCCUUUUUAUAUGCAUCUUUAAUAUCUUUCUUGGUUUCAAUUGCUUCUCAUCCGUCUAUCAAUCUCCCAAUGCUUUUAGGGAAAGGCUCAGAUGGGGUUUUUCCCAUUUGGUCAUUGAUUAUUUUCAGCCCGUAUUUGUACUUCGUUAGAGCCUUCUCAGCAUUGAGGAGGCUGAGAAGUGGUGAAGCGCCUUAUAGUGAGAUUUGUGAAGGUGUAUAUGUUGGAGGGUGGCCUUUUUCACCUGAUAAGUUGCCCCCUGGUAACCCUGCUGUUAUUGAUUGUACCUGUGAGUUGCCAAGAAAGACUGAGCUUUCAGGACAUGCUUAUUUGUGCAUUCCAACUUGGGACACAAGGUCACCUCAGCCUGCGGAGAUUGAAUCUGCUGUGAAGUGGGCUUGCAGAAAGAGGGCUCAGAAUUCACCAAUAUUCAUCCAUUGUGCAUAUGGUCAUGGAAGAAGUGUGGCAGUUACGUGUGCAUUAUUGGUAGCUCUUGGCGUUGCAGAGGAUUGGAAAAAUGCUGAGAAGUUAAUUAAAGAAAGACGACCUUAUAUCCGAAUGAAUGCUCUACAUCGCAAAGCGUUGGAAGAAUGGUCUAAGUUUCGGCUGUCUUCACCUAAGAGAAAUGAUGAAAUUGGUUUGGGAUCUGUGAUUCUGUCCAGUCCUUCAGAACGCUCUUGAAUUGGAUGUCAAGACCAAGAAAGUACACUUAUUUUCUGGAUUAUAGAUGGCACGUAACAGAAUACUUGUUUGAAACGCUAUUGACAGUAAUCCUCUCCUUUCUAGGUUAAAUCUUGUUAUCCUUAAAUUAUGAGAUAAAGUCUGAUGCUAAUGUUUGAUCAUUUGUGUCCUACGCUUGAGAUAACUAGUUUGUGAGCCUUAAAAGGAAACAAAUGCUGAUCAUAUUUGUACUGGUGCAACUCCUUUCUUGAACAAAGGACAGUGCAUUGGCUUCUUUAUUUUCAUCCUGUGUUUCUUC